ACAUAAACAUGACUCCAAAGGUGUUUGAAGGUGUUGGAGUGAUGCCACAAGUGCCGCAUGGAGCAGUGCAAUUACCGCCGGCGUCGCCGACAGUUCAAGAUGAAUCGGAAUCAGAUGACAGUGACGAGGAAUUACUCGUGUCGAGAAUAAUGCCAUGGUAUCGACAUAAAUAUUUCUACCGUUUCCUCGUACCACCGACAGUCACCAGAAAUUUCAUAAAAAUGUUCAUGCGGCCGGCAAGCCUGGACAUAGUGACCGGGCUGCGUAUAUUAACAUACGCAGGAACGAGAGCAACUACUUUGACCCUACAUGGGUACCGAGAAGUGAUUAUGGAAUAUCUGUUAGCCAACGGAGAUUACUUCCGUCAUCGUAAUGGAAGACAGAAUGGUGAAAUGCAAUUCUUAACUGACAAUGAGGGUGCGGGCAUCAUAAUAGGAGCUGGGGGAGCGGGAAUCCGUGCCUUAAGGGACAGAAACAUAUGCAUUCACGUUGCAAGACGAUUUCUGCCCAGAUCAAGGGAACGCAUCGUCGGAAUACGAGGUGGUCGGGUGGAUGCGUGUGAAACGCUGUUCCGAAAUCUGGAAAGUGGAUGCGCUCGUGAGCAGUGGCAUAUUCCAUCAGGAUGGGAUGGGGAAUUCAGCAUCAAUUGGACAGAAGGGGAACCAGCAUAACGAGGGUCCAUAAGCAUGCAAUUCAAAACGUGU